UCUCCAAAAACAUGGGUCCACACAAUCCAGAGUCAGCAGUGAGAUAGAUAAGGUUGUCUGGACUCUGGAGAAUGAAAGAACUGGCUAUAGUUUCUGCAACCACCCAGGCACACAAAAUGGCAACAUCUUCAGCACUUUCAUCUUCAUUUCUUCCAGCCCUUCAUCACUAUCCUAAGCAAAUCUCCACUCAUAAUCAUAUUGGCAAAACAUCACUGAACAAGAAAAAGCUACCAUCUUUCAGAAUUCAAGCUGCAAAGGUUCCUGCUGGGGUUGAAGUGCCUAAAGUGCAGCCUCAAUUUAAAGCCCCUUUUCUUGGAUUUACAAGAACUGCUGAGAUUUGGAACUCCAGAGCUUGUAUGAUAGGUCUUAUUGGAACCUUUUUUGUAGAGCUGAUAAUCCACAAGGGUAUACUUGAGGUGAUAGGAGUGGAGAUUGGGAAAGGCCUUGACCUUCCUCUUUGAAGAGGCACUGUUUAAGUUGCAUACAAUGAUACAAGAGCCUUGUAAAAUGCCUAUAUGACACAAUUGUUGAGAUUCUUAUUUGCAUCAAAUGUUUCCAUGUCCUGAUAUCUAAUACAUUUUUCAAGCUAAAUAUAGAUUUUUUUUCAUUUA